CGAACUAAAACAGAGCAAAAUGCAGGACCUGAACACUGAAACGGACCAGGAAUGGCAGCUUCUCUUUCAGGUGCUCUGCCUGGAAACGGAUGAAAAUGUCAUGGCUUCCCGUGAUGGUUUUCUGUCCAAGGAGCAGUUUCAGUGCCUCCUCUGCCAGGAUGUCUUCCUGGACCCUGUCUCCAUCCCCUGCGGUCACAGCUUCUGCGUCGGCUGCAUCAGCUCGCACUGGACGGCCAGCCUCUCCAUCGACUGCCCCAAAUGUCGCGCCGUGUACAAGGUCCGCCCGGAGCUCUGCGAGAACUCCUUCGCCAAAGAAAUGUCGGAGCAAAUCCGAGCGCGGAGGCAGGACGGCGGGGCGGCGGCGGCGGUGAGCUGCGGCGCGUGCGCGGGGAAGCAAACCAAGGCCCUGAAGUCCUGCCUGGUGUGUCUGGCCUCGUACUGCGAGAGCCACCUGGAGCCUCACCUGAGAGUCGCCGCGCUGAGGGACCACAGGCUGAUUGAGCCUGCGGCGAUGCUGGAGAACAGGGUGUGCCGGAAGCACAAGCAGGUCCUGGAGCUGUUCUGCCGAAGUCACCAGAAGUGUGUUUGUGUGCAGUGCGUCAAGACCGACCACCGCUGCCCGGACACGGUGCCGGUGGAACGAGAGAGCCAGGACAAGAAGGGCAAGAUUAAAAGGAUCCAAGGUGAGGUUCAGCAGAUGAUCCAGAACAAGCUGCAGAAGCUGGAGGAGAUCAAACACAAUCUGGAGCUAAGCAAAGAAAACUCAAAGAGGGACAUGGAGGACAGCGAGCAGCUUUUCUCCGCUCUGUCUCGCAGCAUCGAGAGGAGCCGAGCUGAGCUGGCGGAGGCGAUCCGGAGGAAGCAGACGGCGGCUGAAGUGAGGGCGAAGGGGCUGAUCGCUGGGCUGGAAUCAGAGAUCUCUGCGCUGCAGAGGAGAAGAAGUGACCUGGAGCAGCUGCUUCACCAUGAAGACCACCUCCAUGUUGUGCAGAGUUUUCCAGCUGUGAGCGCUCCUCCCUCUACCGAAGACUCCUCGGACGUCCUCGUCCAUUCAGACACUUGCUUGGGGACCAUAAGGAGAGCAGUGGCUGACUUUCGGCAGCAGCUGCAAUUGCAACUGGACAGACUUUCCUCUCGAGAACACGAGAAGGUCCAGCAGUACGCAGCUGACGUCCUCCUGGACCCCCGGACCGCCAACCCCUGGCUCGUUGUGUCAGCGGACGGGAGGCAGGUGCAUGAUGGAGACGUUAUGCAAAAUGUGCCAGCUCUCCCAGAGCGUUUUGACAAAGCUCCGUGUGUCCUCGCUCAAGUGGGUUUCACCACAGGGCGGCGCUACUGGGAGGUGCACGUGGGAGACAAAACGGCGUGGGACUUGGGCGUGGCCCGAGCAUCCGUCAGAAGGAAAGGUGCGGUGACUCUGAGCCCGGAGGACGGCUUCUGGGCUGUCUGCCUGAGGAAAGGAGCUGAGUACUGGGCAUGCGGGGGAGAGGCAGAGCAGCUGUCUCUUCGCCAGAGGCCGCGGGUCAUCGGUGUGUUCCUGGAUUAUGAAGACGGGACUGUGUCUUUUUACGACGCAGAGACUCAUGCACACAUCUACUCAUUCGCGGAGUUCUGCUUCACGGAGGCCAUGUUUCCCUUUUUCAACCCGGAAACAGUUCAGAGCGGCACCAACAAGUCACCGCUCACCAUCCUGGCCGUGAACAAAAUUACCUUUGCCACCGAUUUAGAAGACAUCACUAUAUGACAUUUAAACUGUGUGUACAAUUACUUUUUAUGUAUCAUGACAGUGAUUGUAAGAACGUUAUGUAAAUCAUCCUCUUCAUUUAUUGGGGCUCUUUGUGCAUAUGUCUAAAAAAAUCAUUAAAAGGCUUCAAGUCUAACUCCUCCCUGCCACAAUAUGGCGCACUCGCCCGCUCUCCCAACCUUUACUGCACUGUUUACCAGCUGGUUGCCAGGUCCUGUAGUUAGCAUUAGCAUAAUGGUUAGUAAGGUGGCGCAAAGCAAACAUUUAACUUACCUGUCCAGAAGGAAAGUGGCGCCUUACACUUUGCUUCUGAACUCCUUUGCACCAACACUCAAAAGCUUGACCCAUGUUCAUCCUAAUUUUGCUUCUUUUUGAUACGAUUUGAUCUGAGAAAUGUAAACAGAGAAGAAGCCAUUUCUCAGGGCUAUCACAGAGCUACUACAAUCUGGCAACACCUGAGCUCUUUUACCACGUGACUUCAAACUACUAUUCUUAUUGGUGCAGAAUCAUUUCACGUCAAAGUUGGCGCCGUAGCCAGAAGUAAAUGUUUAUAGAUUUUGGACCCGUCAAAAUGUAUCAAACAAUUAUUUAUAUACUCUAUAUUUAUUUUGCAGUAAAAUUAAUAGUUUAAUUCUGCCCCACUCUAGG